GAAAGAAUUCAAAACUACAGCAAAGGUUACAGAAAGAAAAAUACAUUAAAAUGAAAAAGGAGCUAAAAGCUAAAGAGGCUGGAUUGCUUGAAUUAUUUGAUACAAUGGUCAAGUUAAGAGAAGAAAUGAUAAACGAUGGAAUAAAAGACAUGGAAAUCAUAGAACAGUUAAAACUACUGGAUGCCGGAUGUCUUGGAGAAGGAGGAGAUCUGAAUUCAGUAUUUUCCAAAUGUUUUAGUGUUACACGAGUGGAAUCAAAAUGUCUUUCAUCACUGGAAGCAAAGCUUAAGUCAGUCUCAUUCACACCUUUUGAUUUCUGCCGAAAAGCUGUUGACAUAAAUAAUAAUCUUGUUUCUACAAUCAGUAGUAUUGAUCAAGAAAAACUAAAAGUAUUAGACAGCGAUAUUCUAAAAGUUAUUGAAAAUUUGAAGAAAGAAAGCCGCUCCCUGUCAUUUUCACUGGAUAAAAUAAGAAAAUCUCAUGCUGAAACCAUGAAAGAAGUACUUGCAAAUAUAUGUACUUUAAUCCAAGAGAGGGAUUCGUUGAAAGAGAGCAGCACAGAAAACUACAAAGAACAGCUUACAAAACUUGAGGAUGAGAAAAAUGCCAUAAUUGACAGACUUAAGAAAGAAAUUCUAAAAGCCAAAAAUGCCCAGGCUGAAACAGAGAAUGCGUUACAUGUAGCAUGCCUUAAAGUGAAAGAAAUGGAAUCUAAAGUUUCUUCACAGGAAAUAAGGAUAAAAUCAUUUUGUUCUAAAAUGAUGAAGUUUGAAAAUCUACUUCGUGCCAGAAACCGUGUACACAGUUUGCGAUUAAAUAAUGUGAUUGGAACUUCAAGAAUGUUAAAGGAAGAAAAUGUAAUACUUCAACAACAGAGAGACAAUUUGCAUCAAAGGUGUGAAGAAUUGAAAGGCAUUGUGAAGAGAAAAGAAAAAGAAAAUCUAGAUGCUUUAUACAGACAAAAUUCUAAAAUUGAUCAAUUGAAUGCAGCUUUAAUUGCACAAAGGACUGAAAAGCAAAAAUUACAAAGGGAGCUAAAUGCUGCCACUGAGUUGAAGAAUGAAAUGGAACGAAAGCUUCAAGCAAUGACAGAAGCGGCUAAUGAACUUGCAUUAAACCCACCUUCUGAUGCUGGAGAUUCUAAACCAACACAACAUGAGGAAGAACUGCAGGAAGAACUGAGAAGCACACGGGAGCUUCUGGAGUCUACUCAACAAGCACUGGAAGUACUUCAGCAGCAGAAUGCUGAUACUGAGCAAGCAUUGAAAGAUGCAAAGAAAAACACCAACGGUUCUGAUGAUAAAAUGGAACUUGAACUGAAGGAAAGUAGAAAUGUUAUUGCCAGCCUCAACAAAACUCUCAAAAAUGUAUCUACUGAAUCAGAAAAAAAGUCAAAAACAAUAAAUGAAUUAAAGCGAAAGCUCCAAGAUAUGGAACAAAUGUUUUUGAAGCCCACUGACUACAGCAAGGUCCAUGGAACAGAAAAUAAGUAUAAGAUGAUGCAAAUGGAAGCUAUGAUAUCGCAGCUGAGAGAACACAAUUCUGACCUCCAGAGAGAAAAGCUUGAACUUCAGUCAGAGCUAGACAAUAAAGAACAUAAGGAAGGUGAGCAAACGAAAAUUAUUGAGGCCAGAGAUGAUAUAAUACGAAAACUGAAGAUAAAGGAAAAGAAGCAGGCUGAAAAAAUUUCUGACUUAUCAUUUAUAAUUCAAGAGCAUGAAUCUGCUAUAUCUACAGUACAUCAGGACAUUUCAGCCAGCAGUGAAUCACAGGACUUAAAGAAGCUGCUUGAAGUCAGACAACUACAAGUGUUACGGCUUGAAAAGCUAGUUCAGAAGCAAGAGGAGCAACUGAAUAAGUGGAGCCUUCAGAGAACAAGACAUGAGGCACGUAUUGCGGAACUAGAGAAGGCUUUACGGGAGAGGCAACGAAUAACAAAAUUCCCUUUUUCCUGCGCAAGUUCUACUCCAGUUAAAUGAGACAAAAAUAUAACAUUUUCUCCUCAAAAACUAUGACACAAACAAGAAAAAUUAUGUUAGGUGAUGUAAAUUAAAAUAACUGUGGC